UGCGGCGUGGAUUGUGACGUCGACGCGCAGCGUGCUCAGUGCGCAGGCGCUCUGAGAGGAGACUCGGGGGUUUCCGGUUCCGCCGUCCUCUUUCUCUUCAACGAGGCGGCGGAGCAGCAGACGCCAACAUGCAGAUCUUUGUGAAGACCCUGACGGGCAAGACCAUCACUCUUGAGGUCGAGCCCAGUGACACCAUCGAGAAUGUCAAGGCCAAGAUCCAAGAUAAGGAAGGCAUCCCACCAGACCAGCAGAGGCUGAUAUUUGCCGGCAAGCAGCUGGAGGAUGGCCGCACCCUGUCGGACUACAACAUCCAGAAAGAGUCCACCUUGCACCUGGUGCUGCGCCUGCGUGGUGGCAUCAUCGAGCCGUCCCUUCGUCAGCUCGCCCAGAAGUACAACUGUGACAAGAUGAUCUGCCGCAAGUGCUAUGCACGCCUGCACCCCCGUGCAGUCAACUGCCGCAAGAAGAAGUGCGGCCAUACCAACAACCUGCGCCCCAAGAAGAAGGUCAAAUAAAGCUGGGGCCGUACCUGGCCCGUGACCCCGGGACCAAAUAAAGUCCCCUUCCAUCGACUGGAGCAGUAA